GCGUGGCGGAGCCGAGUGUGACCGGGCAGGGCUCCCCCGCACUGUGAGCGCCGGCUGAGGAAAGCACUUGGACCCACCGGCUGCUCUCCUCCUCUGUGGGUUGUCCCGGGAAUGCUGGUUGCCGCCCCGCCCCGGUGCGCACCCGAAGGACGGGCGGUAAAGCGCCAGAAGGGGCAGGGAUUCCCGCCCUGCUCGCGUUCUGGGAGCUGCUCUCCUCGGCUCGUUGCUAAAAUUGCCUCCCUGCCCAGGCGAAGAUGUCUCACUUUACAAGCGAAGAUGAAGUUCUAUUACAGUCUAUGCUUAGACAGUUGCUGCAGAGUGUGAAGGAAAAAAUCACUGGAGCUCCAUCAGCAGAAUGUGCAGAAGAAAUUCUCUUGCAUUUGGAGGAAACAGAUGAGAAUUUUCACAACUACGAGUUUGUGAAAUAUCUUAGACAAUACAUAAAAAAUACUGUGGGACCUGUGAUUGAAGAAGAAACAGAAAAAUGUACCUCUGCCCAAAAUCAGGGUGAAAUAUCUGGCUAUGAAACGCUUGUCCAACAUCUUACUAAGAAGGCCCGUGAAUCAAAAGAAUACAGAGAAAUGAUGCAUGCCUUGAAGAAUGUCAUGAUGGUUGUGGUAGAAUCUUUGAUUAACAAGUUUGAAGAAGAUCGGAUGCAUGAUAAGGAGCUGACCAGUAAAGCAAAGAAAGAACGUCAGAGUGGCUAUUACACAGACAACUGUUCUGACAGUGACUCCUCCUUCAACCAAAGUUAUGCAUUCAUGAGUCAAGAACAAUUGCAGCUGCUCACAGAAAAGCUUGACCCUAGUCAGCCCAAGGAAGUUCGCCAAGAAGCUUUGCAGACGCUGUGCUUGGCCCCUGCCUCUGAUAUCCUGAACUCUGAGAGUUGGCCAAGUCUGAGUAAGCAUCUGACAAUCUCUCUGGCAGAUCCAGAUGCAACAUUCAGUGAGAAAAUUCUUAGGUUCUAUGCAAAAACUUUUUCUUCUUCUCCAUUUAAUAUGACAAAAGAAGUCUAUACAAGUUUAGCACGACACUUGGAGUUGUACUUUCUUUCUGAGGAAAAUUCUCUUCAUAUUUCAGCUGGUCUGGAUGUAUCUAACUCAGAUGUGAAUCGUUUACUUAAAAAGGUUCGCCUUUUAAAUGAGUACCAAAAAGAAGCACCUUCUUCCUGGAUUCGACAUCCAGAAAAGUAUAUGGAAGAAGUAGUGGAGAGUACCUUGUCACUUCUGUCAUUAAAACACAAGCCUAAUCAUCCUGCCUCUCCAGAUUUCUUGAGUCCAAUGCACUUCUUGGCUUUGCUAGAUAUCAAAGCAGUGUGGUUUAAGAAGUGGACGCAUGCAUAUUACAGCAGAAGAGUGGUAUUUAGGCUUCUGGAAAGGAAAUAUAAAUCCUUGAUUAAUGCAGCAGUCCAGCAAUGUCUUUAUUAUUUUGAAUUUUGCAAGGCAGCAGUUAAUAAAAAUCCCAAAGUCGGUGACUUUUCUCAGCAGCACUGUAGUGAUAUGCAGGAUUUUUCUUACACUGGACCAGAAUUGCAGUACAUCUAUUUUGUUCAUUCACUGUGCCUCUUAGGAAGAUUGCUGAUCUAUAAGGAAGGCCAGAAUCUCUUUCCAGUACAGCUGAAAAAUAAAAAAGCUACUGUAUCCAUAACUGAUGUGUUGGUAUUAUUUGUUCAACUUAUUUAUUCCUCUCCAAGUUACCCAAAGACAGCUUUGGCAGCACAUACAGAAAAUUAUUCUCCAGAAAGUCUUGUUAUGGAGAUUCUGCAGGUUUUUUGUGAUCAAACAGGAUGUGCUGCUAAAUGUUUGUAUACAGACACAGUGAUAGAUGCCCUGCUUCAUCCUGUCCAAAGUUUGCUGAAUGGCACAGAGGUGUAUAUCAACUGCCUUGAAACUACUUUACUUAAUGUAGCUGAUAUUUUGGCAAGGAUUGCUGGUUCAGAAGAUGGUCUUUCUCUUCUUCUUUAUGGAGAAAAUGAAAAAAAUGCCAAAGACAGUCCUACAGCUGCUCAUGUACUCGUUCAGUUCACAAAGAAACUUCUUCAUGAUGACAUUUCUCUUUUAUCUGGAUCUGAGUUUAUGCCAGUUGUUAAAGGAGCUUUCAUUUUUGUAUGCCGUCAAAUGUACAGAACUUGUGAAGGCCUACAGAUGCUAAUUCCUUAUGGCUUGCAUGAAUCUAUUGCAGAAGCCUGGAGAAAGACAAGUUUGCUUUCAGAAAGAGUACCUACUCCUGUAACUGAUGCAGACUCCACUUCAUCAAUAAGUCAAGAAUCAAAAACCAGCUUGUUAUGGGAAGAGACUUUGUUAGAUGCCUUGCUAAAUUUUUCUACCACACCCAAAGGACUAUUUCUGCUUCAUAGUACAGAUGCCAUGAAUGACUGUGUGAACUUUAUGUUUAACAGUUUAUCAAAAAAAAUCCAGACAAAUGAAUAUGAAGAUUUUGGUAAUAGAAUCAUUGUUACACAAAUGGCAACAACACCAAUGGCUGCAGUGGCUCUGCAGAAUUCAGGCUUUGUAAAGGCGCUUGUAACUGAAUUAUGGGCUCUUUUGGAGUGUGGAAAAGAUGAUUUGAGAAUAACCCAACCCAAAUCUACUCCAGUUGACCCUAUUGACCAAAGUUGUCAGAAGUCAUUUUUGUUUCUGGUAAACUUGCUAACUUACCCAGCAAUUUUUGAGCUCCUGAGUAAACGAGAUAUACCAAAUAAACCCAUGUACUCAUUCCGUGAAGUACCCACAGAUAUAAUUGAUAUUAUUGACAGGCUUAUAAUUUUGAACUCAGAAGCUAAAAUUCAUUCCUUAUUCAAUUAUGAACAAUCCCAUAUAUUUGGUCUGAGGCUAUUAAAUGUGCUGUGCUGUGAGCUCAAUACCCUUUUACUCUUGGAGACUCAGUAUAAAGUGUCUCAAGUUUUACUAACUGCUCAGGAGGAAAAUGUCACAGAAACUUCAGAAGGACCAGGAGUUUUUAUAAUUGAUGGUCUGUCAGUGGAGAGAAACCAUGUUCUUGUAAGAAUAAAUCUGAUUGGAGGACCACAGGAAAGGAUUUUGCCUUUGAGAGAAUUAGAUAAGGACAGCGGUCUAUAUCCUUGGCCAAUGUUUUCAUCGCUCCCUGUGCCAAAGUGCUAUCUUGCAGAAAUUCCUAGGAAAGCUGAAUCCAGACAAGAUAAAGAUCUUGACAAGCUCUUAAAACUCUUAAGAAGUCCAGACAAGCCAACUGGGUGGGCAGAAAUUUGUAGAAAACAGUUCUGCAAAGUCAUGAAAACCAGACCAGAUAGCAUCAGUGGACCAAUUUUGGCAGAAUUAAUUGAAAAGUUCGUGUCACAUCUUUCUGAAAGCAAAACAGAUUGUUAUUUCAGCAUGGGAAGCUAUAAAGCCAUGGAUGCAGAUGUGAAGAAAGAAAACCUUUCAUCUGUGCAGCAGCUUGGUGUUGAAAUGACAGUCAGAUAUGGAAAAUACUUAAACUUGCUAAAAGAAGAUGCUGAAAAUGGGCUGUGUUUUGUGUUAAAGAAUUGUGAGGAGUUUCUGAAACAACAGCAAAGAACUGUGGUAUCUUCACUUUGCUGCUUGCAGGAGCACUAUGCUGGUUAUGACUGGUUUGCAUCUUCUAUCUUCCUCAUAAUGUCAGGGGACAGGGAGAGGACACUGAUGUUUCUUCAGCAAUUUUCAUGUCUUCUUGCUUCAGCAUUUCUCUGGCUACCAAGACUGCAUUUAUCCAUGCACCUGCCUGUUACAACAGUGGAAUAUGGCAUCCAUCCAGUCUAUUUUUGCAGCGCUCACCACGUUGAAAUGUUGCUGAAAGCUGAGUUGCCCCUUGUCUGUUCAGCCUUCCACAUGUCUGGUUUCACUCCAUCCCAGAUCUGUCUGCAAUGGAUAACUCAGUGUUUCUGGAAUUACAUGGAUUGGAGUGAGAUCUGUCACUAUAUUGCCAUAUGUAUUUUCCUUGGUCCUGAUUAUCAGAUAUAUAUAUGUAUUUCUCUGUUCAGACACCUACAGCAAGACAUCCUGAAGCACACAGAAGCCCGAGAUCUUCAGGUUUUUCUGAAAGAGGAAGCACUGCAUGGAUUUCGAGUCAGUGAUUAUUUAGACUACAUGGAAAGCUUGGAGGAGCUCUACAGACCAAUGCUGCUGAAAGACAUGAGGAACAUAAGAACACAGAACACAUAGAUGAAGCAAACAAGCACUUUAUUUUACAGUUUUGAUUACAUCCUUUAAAAGGAUGCUGAUUGAUUGAUACCUCAGUCUCACCUAAAAUCAGCCAGGCUGUUGAAAUGUACAUACUGUAAAAUAAAUAAGAAGUGUUUUCAGAAUAUAGUUUUUCAAUAAGACAUAGCCUACUUUUGAUAACCCGAAUUUACCAGACAGGUUAUGUGCACAGCCUCAUUUUCAGUUAGCAGAAGGCAGCUUCAGAAGCCACCUGUAGGAUGCUGAAGUUUCUUCUUAUAAAGCCUUGAACCUGUUCUCAACUCAUUCUCUCUUUGUCAUCUCCUUAUAGCACUGUCCUAAAGCCUUCGUAUUUUGCUUGGAUCUGACAAAGGGAUUUUUUCUUUAGAAACAACUGCUAUUGUGUAUUCAUGCACAAGAAAAGUCAACAAAUGGAGACCAAACUCUCUGUUCCAACUUUGUGGAUAAUAUUGAGAAAAUGGGAUGUUUGAAUACAUGCAACGAAAAAAGACUUGAUAUUCCUGUCUUUAAAAAAAACCAAAUAAAUAGUUUUAUGUAAUAAAGCAUUACUAACCUUU